AUGAAAGGUGCUGAAAUUAUUAUCCCUCCUUUGUUUAUAUGCCCCAUAAGUCUAGAUUUGUUCAAAGAUCCAGUCACUCUGUGCACAGGCCAAACCUAUGAUCGGUCCAGCAUAGAAAAAUGGCUAGCAGCUGGGAACCCAACAUGUCCAGUCACAAUGCAGAAACUCCAUGAUCCUUCUAUAAUACCAAAUCACACUCUUCGACAUUUGAUCGAUCAAUGGCUUAAUUCGGGUAUCCAAAUCGAUCCUGUUUACCUUAAAAUAGUCGAAUGUGAUAGUUCGAUUGCUGCAAUCAAGCACAAUCUUGAGUCAAAUGAAUCUGCAUUGGAGAAUAAGCUUGAAAUAGUCGAGAUUAUCCACGCUUUGGCAGAUGAGCUACCACUGCAGAAUUCUUGUUUGAUACAAUUAGACUUCUUCUGUUUAUUGUUAGAAGUGGUUUUCAGAAAUUCAGAAGGUUUACAUUUUCAAGAAAAUUUGAGAUUUGUAGAAAAAACACUUAUUUGUGCUCUUAAGUUGUUGCCAUUUAGUGACUUGGGGGCUAUAAACAUGCUCAAAGAGGAGUCUAAAUUUGCUUAUUUUGUUUUACUGUUUGAAAAGGGCAACAUGGCUAUCAAGAAAAGCUUGUGUCAUUUGGUUGAGGCAAUUGCAAAAGGUUUAGAGACAAAAGAACUUUGCAUUAAGCUUGGAAAAUCAGCCAAUCUUUUGCAAGAAAUAAUUCAUCUUGUUCAUAACAAUUCCGAGGCUGCUGAAGCCGGGAUCAAGGCCAUAUCAGCUUUAUCUUCAACAGAAUCCAAUCGCGAAAAGCUAGUAAAAGAAGGUGCAGUCAAAGAACUCGUGGAACAUAUUUCAAGGUCCAAAAAAGGCGAAAGAAGCUUAGCGCCGAUGGCAGUGUCCAUAAUCGAGAAUCUUUUAACCAUAGAGUGCGCAAAACAGGCGAUUAUCAAUCACCCCUCCGGUGUAAAUGCAUUAGUCAAGUUGGUUUUCAGAGUAUCAGAUCAUGAAGGAAGUGAGAGUGCUGUAAAUUCAUUACUAAUUAUAUGUUUUGAUUCGAAAACUGCUAGGGAAGAAGCCAUUUCUAGUGGGGUUUUAACUCAGUUGCUGUUGCUUCUUCAAAGCCAAUGCAGUGGGAGGACUAAAACUAAGGCAAGAAUGUUUCUAAAGUUGCUUAGAUCAAAGUGGAAUGAAGACUCAAAACAUGCCUUGUAA